GUAGAGGAGAAGGGAGAAGAGGAGGUGAGGAAGAAGAAGGUGACUGAGGAGGAAGAGGAGAAGACCCCCAAACAAGAUGGUGGCGAGGUGAGGAAGACGAGGAGAGAGACGAGGGAGGAAGAGGAGGUGAAGAAGGUGGCAGAGGAGGUGAAGAAGGUGACAGAGGAGGAAGAGGAGGUGAAGAAGGGGACAGAGGAGGUGAAGAAGGUGACAGAGGAGGAAGAGGGGGUGAAGAAGACGAGGGAACAAGAGGAGGUGAAGAAGACGAGGGAGGAAGAGGAGGUGAAGAAGGUGACAGAGGAGGUGAAGAAGGUGACAGAGGAGGUGAAGAAGGUGACAGAGGAGGAAGAGGACAAGACCCCCAAACGAGAUGGUGGCGAGGUGAGGAAGACGAGGAGAGAGACGAGAUCCAGAGAAAGAGUAGAGGAGAAGGAAGAAGAGGAGGUGAGGAAGAAGAAGGUGACUGAGGAGGAAGAGGAGACUGCAGGGAGGAAGACGAGGUCAACAGAAAAGGGGGAGGAAGAGGAGGUGAAGAAGACGAAGGUGACGGAGGAGAAGAAACCAAAACAAGAUGGCAGCGAGGCAAAGAAGACGAGGAGAGAGACGAAGUCGACAGAAAAGGAGGAAGAGGAGGAGGUGAAGAAGAAGGUGACGGAAGAGGAGACUGCAGGGAGGAAGACGAGGUCGAGAGAAAGGGAGGAAGAGGAGGUGAAGAAGAAGGUGACGGGAAAGGAGGAAGAGGAGACAGGAGGGAGGAAGACGAGAUCGACGGAAGAGAAGAAACCCAAACAAGAUGGCAGCGAGGUGAAGAAGACGAGGACGAAAGAGAAGAAGGAGGAAGAGGAGAAGGAAGGACACGGGACGAAGAGGAAGAGGGAGGACGAGGAGGUGAAGAAGAAGAAGAAGGUGACGGCGGAGGAAGAGGAAGAAACUGCAGGGAGGAAGACGAGGAGAGCUGAGAAAGAGGAGGUGAAGAAAGCAAAGCAUGCUGGGAAAGAAGAGACACAACACAAAGAAGAGGUAAAACAUUCCGUUCAAUUAACUUUAUUGACUGGAACAAGACGACAGAACGUGGAGACUGCCUGU